UCCCAUAUAGACAAGAGGCUGUUUUUGUUUUUUUAAAUGGAUGUCUAUGCAGGAGAUGACGAAUAAACUGGAAACAGCUUAUCGGUUAAUGAAUAGACCACCUGUCCACUAAUCGUGUGUUACACAAAGAAAUCCUUUUGGAAUGAACAGUGUUUACUAAGAUAAAAUAGCUGUUUAUAAGAGACAACACGGACAAUUUUGCGACAGGGGGCAAUAAGAUGUUCUGCAGAAGAAGAUCAUAAUCGUGAAGUCGCCGCUAGUGUGCCAGCAAGCUGGGUUUGUUCCUUGAUUAUGGCAAAACAUCACCCAGAUUUGAUUUUUUGCAGGAAACAGGCUGGCGUUGCCAUUGGAAGAUUGUGUGAAAAAUGUGAUGGCAAAUGCGUUAUUUGUGACUCCUAUGUCAGACCUUGCACACUUGUUCGUAUUUGUGAUGAAUGCAACUAUGGGUCCUACCAAGGACGCUGUGUCAUCUGUGGAGGACCUGGAGUAUCUGAUGCUUACUACUGCAAAGAGUGCACCAUCCAGGAGAAAGAUAGGGAUGGUUGCCCCAAGAUUGUGAACCUCGGCAGCUCGAAGACUGAUCUUUUCUAUGAGAGAAAGAAAUAUGGUUUCAAGAAGAGGUGAAGAUACCAAGGCGUUUAUUUGGAUGUUGCGGUAGUUUUUCCAUGCAAGUGUUUUUGUUAACAGACUUGUUGAUGCAAUAA